CCCUCGGUGCAGAAGGUGGGCGGAGGUCGGAAGAAGACGGUUUCCUUCAGCAGCAUGCCCUCUGAGAAGAAGGUGAGCAGUGCUGCCGACUGCUUGGCGUUCAUGCAAGGCGGUUGUGAACUGAAGAAGAUCCGGCCAAACUCCAGGGUUUACUGCCGUUUCUACACCCUGGACCAGGACCUGAGCUGCCUACGCUGGGAACCCUCCAAGAAAGACGGGGACCGGGCUCGACUGGACGUCUCCAGCAUCCGGGAGGUCCGCACUGGGAAGAGCACCGAGACCUUCCUCCAUAACGGACCUCUCUCUGAACACCUGGCUGAGGAAGCAGCCUUCUCUGUCAUACAUGGAGAUGACUACCAAUCUCUGGACUUGGUUGCCUUGUCAGCAGACGUGGCCAACAUCUGGGUGACAGGCCUUCGCUACCUGCUGGCCCACCCUUCGAUCAUCGGAGGGGGAGGCGGCGGAGGUGGAGGCGGCACGGGUGAAGGAGGAGGAGGUCUGGCGGUGGACGGUAGCUUGGGAAGCAAGAUGAGGAGCGAGUGGCUGGCAGCGGAGUUCGCUCAGGUGGACGAAGACGGCUACGGCAUCGUGUCGGAGGACGUCGCUGUCGCCACCAUCUGUAAACUGUGUCCCGGCAUCAAGGAGGCCAAGGUGCGUCUUCGUUUCAAGGAGAUCCAGCGCAGCAAAGAGAAGCUGACCUCCCACGUGACUCGCGAGGAGUUCCAGGAGGCCUACUGCGAGCUGUGCACCCGGCCCGACGUCUACUUCUUGCUGGUGCAGCUGUCCAAAGACCGCGAGUGUCUGGACCCUCAGGACCUCCGCCUCUUCCUGGAGACGGAGCAGGGUUUGUCCCUGGCGACCACCGAGGGCUGCUGGGAGCUGUUGAAGCGCUACGAGCCCUCAGCGCAGGGCAAAGAGCGAGGCCUGCUGGGUCUGGAUGGCUUCGCCCGCUACCUGCAGUCCCCAGAGUGCCAGCUGCUCGACCCGGAGCACCAGGGGGUUUGUCAGGACAUGAACAUGCCGCUGUCCCACUACUACAUCAGCACCUCGUAUCGCUCCUACCUGCUGGAUGACCAGGUCCACGGCCGAGCAGACCUAGGAGGGCUCAUCAAGGCGUUGCAGUCUGGCUGUCGGUGCCUGGAGUUGGGAGUCACCGAUGGACCAGAGGGGGAACCUCUGCUGGGGGUCGACUAUGGGCCGGACAUUCCUCGACACCAUCACCACCACCACCACCACCAUCACCACCACCACCACACCCCGGUCACCAUCCGCUCUGCUCUGGAGGUGGUGAAUAAAUACGCCUUCCUGACCUCCCAGUACCCUCUGCUGGUGUACCUGUGUCAGCGCUGCUCUCCGGGUCAGCAACGCACCAUGGCUCAGCACCUGAAGAAGGUGUUCGGGUCGCGACUUUACACCCCAGAGGCCCUGCCGGUCAGCCUGGGGGGCCGAGCCACCACCUUACCCUCCCCAGAGCAGCUGAAGGGACGCAUCCUGAUCGUGGGGAAGAAGCUGCCUCCGGAGCAGGACGGCUCAGACGGGGAGGUGUCCGAGGAGGACGAGGAGAUCGGAGGAGGCGGCCCCCUGGCAGGGAGGAGGAUGACCAUCCCUGGUGAGGAGGAGCUGGGUGUGGUCCUGGUGGUACCGCCGCCCUCUCAGCCCAGGAAGCUCCGUCUGCACAAGGACCUGUCUGACCUGGUGGCCAUCGCCCGGACUGGCAGCCGCAGCUUCUACGCCCAGAGAGCCAGUCAGAGGCAGGCGCAGCAGCAGUCGCCCCCCAGCAGCCCGUCCUCCCCCGGGACGCCGACGCCGCCUGAGCCGCCUUACUGGACGCUGUGCUCGCUGGGCGAAGGAGAGGCCGGGCGCCUGACCAGCGAGAGCCCAGAGGACUUGGUCAUGUUCACCAAGCGCACCCUCACCAGAGUGCGACCCAGCUCUGUGCGUCUGGACUCCAGCAACCCCAACCCGCAGGGCUACUGGAAGGGAGGCGUCCAGCUGGUGGCUUUGAACCAGCAGACCCCCGGCGCCAUGCUGGACCUCCACCGAGGUCGCUUCUCGCAGAACGGAGGGUGUGGUUAUGUUCUCCGACCUGCUGUAAUGAGGGACGAGGUGUCAUAUUUCAGCGCCCACACGCAGGGCUGCGUGCCGGGAGUCCCACCACAAACUCUACGUGUCAAGGUCAUCAGCGCCCACAACCUGCCCAAGCCUCAGGGUUCUGGGGCGAAGGGAGAAGUCAUCGACCCGUACGUGGUUCUGGAGCUGCACGGUGUCCCGGCUGACUGUGCAGAACAGCGAACGCGAACCGCCGCUCAGAACCAGGACGACCCGCUUUUCGACGAGACCUUCGAGUUUCAAGUGAACAUGCCAGAGCUGGCCUUGCUGCGCUUCGUCGUUCUCGACGACGACUACAUCGGCGACGACUUCAUCGGCCAGUACAGCGUGGCCUUCGAGUGCCUUCAGCCCGGCUACCGUAACGUGCCCCUGCUGGGAAUGGCGGGAGACCCCUUACCCCACACCAGCCUGUUUGUCCACGUGGCCGUCACCAACCGUCGAGGAGGCGGGAAGGCCCACCGGCGAGGCCUGUCGGUGAGGAGGGUGGGGAGGCGAGGAAGGGAGUACGUCACGCUGAGGCACACCGGCAUCAAGGUGGUGGACGAGACCUUCAAACCAGCCAGCGGGCCCCUGAAAGAGGCCACGGACCUGCGGGAGGACGCCCAGAGCACCACGGCCAGUUUCAAAGAGCAGUGUGGGCUCCCCACUGUGGCCAAGCUGAAGCAGUGCAUCCAGAGCCUGGCCCCGAGGCUGCAGAGCCCCGAAGGCACCAUGGGGGCCUCCAUGGUGCUGAAGGAGGGAUACCCCAGCCUGGAGCCGCUGGUCAGCCUGUCGGAGCCGACGAGGAAGCUGCUGGCCGCAUACGACACGAUGAUCGGCGCCCAGAAGCAGCUGAUCGAGAACGCAGACGGCGUUCAGGAGAGGAUCGCUCAGGUGCAGAGAGAAGGAAUGGACUUCCACGAGGAGCUGUCUCGGCUCGGGGAGAAGGACGGACUGAAGGGACGCAAACUGAACAAAGCUGUGGAGAGUUUCACCUGGAACAUCACUGUACUCAAGGGGCAGAGCGAUCUGUUGAGGGGAGCUAAGAUGGAUUCCCUGGACGCCCUGAGGCAGCUGGCUCUGGCCUGCGAAGCCUGUGGACUCACCUCCUCCUCCUCUUCCUCCAACUCCUCAUCCUCCACCUUCUCCACCGCCGAGCUGCACUACUCCUCCCACCCUCUGUCCGGCCGCCGAAGCAGCACACACGGCAACGGACGCAUCUGACAGCCGUCCGCCGGGUCCAGACCGCUGCCAAAGAUGAAGAGGGAGUAGUUAGAGAGGAUGGCGGAGAUGAAGAGGUGGCAGAGUUUGUCCCUUUAUCCGGUGCAGCCAGUGUCUAGACUGGCCAGCACCACAGCAGUGCAGUCUAUCUGUUCAAGCCUUACGGUGAGUUCAUCAAUUAUCGCUGAAGCUCCGGCCUGCAGAGGCUCUUCAUGAAUGUCUGCAGCGGGAAUGCAAAGAGAGAGAUGCUCCACAUGGGAAAUUUUGACGGCUCCUGCUUUAUUUUCUGAGGUUCGACACUGUAACUCAGCGGGUUCUUCCCUCAUUAGCGAGGGAACCGAAGACACCUUUGUGACAAGGGGGCCGCUGUGAUGUUUACGGCCCUGCUGGGGUUUGGUUUCGGAGGAAUGUCGAGAUGAAUGUAGCGCCGCCUCAGCGUUUCAGCUCGUCCCCCGGGAUGGCGACGCCUGUGUGUGUUUAUAACGCUGCAAAGGUGCUGGAAGAGCUGGAGGACACCACUCAGGUGGAGCUUAUUAUUUCAAGUAGCCUGUUUUAAAACUCACAAAAGUUUUAUCCUGCUUUUAUUUUUAGGUAUCUGUUGACUUAUCUUUGCAUAAGUGAACAAAUAACACAAUUCAUAAG